GUCCAAGCCUCAGUCCCAGCCAUGUGAUAAGUUGCUAAGGACUCCCGGUGACAUAGCAACGACUGGUAGUACAAUACCGCUUCAAUAAUAGCUUCUCAUUGAGCUGUUCCCACAGACUCUGGUCUGUCCUGGGGAGAUGGUGUCUGGAAAAACAGGAAUACAGCCCAGAUUUGGUCCAUCAAGCAGAAUCCUGGAACUUGCCCAGCACAAAGUGCCCAAAACGAUAUGGGUCACAACUCCGUGCAGCAAGCUCACCUGGGGUAACCAGGACUCUAUAUGGCCUUUAUCGUUCUCGGCUCUGGGAGCCGUUCCAACGGACAGAAUCCAAUACCUGUCCAGGCACAAAAGAGUCUUCUCAGCAUGCGAUGACCACCUGAGGAAGCAGGAGGAGGAGAGCGUCUCCAGGAAGGCAUCACGUCCUUCCUCCAAGAAGCUCCAGGCUCAACACAUUGUGCGCUUGUCAACGCCCAAGUCCAGAACCCGCAGCUCCCAGGAAAUGAGGCUUCCCCAUACCUCAGAAUGUGAGUACAGCUGCCCUAUCUGGCACAUAAGCCCACAAGGAAGACCAGCUGAGACCCCUCCUCGCCUGCUGCAGCUGGCCAGUCCCAAACUGAACCACCCCAGCUUCACACCUGCCCGGGAGAAAGUGGAAACAUAUAUUUCCUAUGCUGCCAAAACAGCUCGUACGACUCCCAGACUGGACAUGCUCUCGCUGCCUAAGAUGAAACACAAUCAGAUGUUUAUGGAGCGAGGACGCCCAGAAGAUCCUAUAUGGCUGGUUUCCAAGGCGGCGAAGAAGGCGACAGCGUCCCCUCGCCUGACAGAGCUGUCAGCAGCAAAGCAGCUCUCUAAGGACUACAUCCCACUGCGAGACCCAGUAUGGCCCCGCAGCAGAAUCUAGCUCCUCCAACCACACCUACAGACCGAGCACCAGCGCCAAGCUGGUGUCCUAUGGAGAGAGAAAACGCAACUCAGCCAACAAUAGUAAUAAAAGAAACUGAACAA